GGGAGAGAACCUGUCAUCUCGUGUUUGCAAGCACUUUUCAAUUUAAUACAUUUUAAUCAGAAAAUUAAUCAGGAAACACCAGUUCAGCAAGAUAAUUGAACAAUGAAGAGACACGGUAAUUACUGUUUAGUCUAAUUAACUUUGUUAAGUCUUUAUUGGGAACAGAGACUUCCUGAGUGAAACUUAUUAAAUGGUUCUCCCUGGAAAACAGAAUCCCCAUCAAGAAGCCUUUGUUACUCGUGCUGCUUGGUAGGAGUUGGGUGCCUGUCUUUAAAUCACGAUUAGGGAAGCCUACAGGUCGGCAGGACUGGAUUGCUGCCUCCGUGGCACCGCAGCAGGGCGGGCAUGGUCGGAGCCGUGGUGGUUCUGCCAAGUGCUUGUACGGGCCAGAAAAUGUAAUCUCAGCUCACAGCCUUCAGGAACGGAGCCUGCCUGCCUCGUGGUUCUCAGCUCUGACCUCUGUCCUCGCAGGCUCUUGGAGGCCUCAAAGGUUCGCAUGUGAAGCCAUUCAGGGAAACCGCAGUGGAAACCUAAUGCCGAAAUCAGCCCUCAAAAUUGAAUUAACCUUUAGGAAGAUCUUACAAGUGACGCUGUGAGCGUUGUUUUCUCCUGAAGAGAAAGCAGCUGGAGGAAGUAACAUCUGAAAUUGCCACAACUGUUUGUGAAGGCAGUACCUUGCCAUGGCGGUCUUUGGCAUCAGCAGAGGGCAGCAGAUGGCAUCUCCUUAGAGGUUUUGAAGCUGAAAAACAGCCGUUAAGAAGCCUAGGCCCAGAGUGGUCCCAGCAAACCAUAGGAUGAAACCACAUUGCAGAGUGCCAGAACCCUCCACAGAGCAGCAUUUUCCUUCACUAGACAGCUCUGAUCUUCACCUGUCCUGCCCUCCUGAGAUGAUGACCACGUGCCCGUGCUACCGCUGAACGGGGUUUGUGAGGACUGGAGACGGCCAAGCCUGAGACGGAGCCUUCUGGUCGCAGACGGGAGCUGUGAGCACCACCAGGUUAGCUAACAGGACCAGGGGACCAUGAACUGGGGGGUAUUCGAGGGGCUCCUCAGCGGGGUCAACAAGUACUCCACGGCCUUCGGCCGCAUCUGGCUCUCCCUCGUCUUCAUCUUCCGCCUGCUGGUCUACGUGGUGGCGGCUGAGCGCGUCUGGAGCGACGACCACAAAGACUUUGACUGCAACACGCGGCAGCCGGGCUGCACCAACGUCUGCUUCGACCACUUCUUCCCCGUCUCGCACAUCCGCCUGUGGGCCCUGCAGCUCAUCCUGGUGACCUGUCCCUCCCUGCUGGUCAUCAUGCACGUGGCCUACCGCGAGGCCAAGGAGCAGAGGCGCCACGCCACCGCGGGGAGCGACUACCGCUGCCUCUACCCCAACCCCGGCAAGAAGCGGGGUGGGCUGUGGUGGACCUACCUGCUCAGCCUCAUCUUCAAGGCUGGCGUGGACAUAAUCUUCCUCUACAUCUUCUACCGCUUGUACAGGAACUACACCCUGCCCUCCGUGGUGAAGUGCGAGCUGCCCCCGUGCCCCAACAUCGUGGACUGCUUCAUCUCCCGGCCCACCGAGAAGAACAUCUUCACCAUCUUCAUGGUGGUCACCACCUGCAUCUGCAUCGCACUCAGCCUGGUCGAGGCCACCUACCUGAUCGGCAAGCGGUGCUGCGAGUGCCUCCAGGCCCGCAGCGGGGAGAGCUGCCAGCACAGCCGGGACUGCACGCUCUCCUGCGCCGAGCCUGAGGACACAGGGGGGCAGGGUUUCCCCCCGGGGGACUGCAAGCCCCCCACAACCUCUAUCUCCACAACCUCCAUCCCCACAGCCUCCAUCUCCACGGCCUCCAUCCCCACAGCCUCCAUCCCCACAGCCUCCAUCCCCACAGCCUCCAUCCCCACGGCCUCCGUCCCCACAGCCUCUGUCCACACGGCCUCCGUCCCCGUGCCCGAGCAGGAGCAGGUUCCUCCCUAGGGCUGCCCGUAGCCACCUGCCUGCCCCAGCCCCUGCUCCUCCAGGUAGGACCCUUCAAAGUCCUGGUCGUGGGAGUGCCGGGGGGGGCUGCACCGUCGAGGUGGGGUCAGCCUCUCCCCUCCUUGGAGCAAGGCACUUUGUGUUAUUCUGAUGAAUUUAGGAUAAACAGAGGUGCUGCAGGACGUGUGGGUGCUCUCUGAGAGCCAGCAGGUGCUGCAAGGUGAGGGACGAGCAGCUCCAUGGCAGCUGGGAGCCAGCACCGAGCGCUGAGUGCGAGCCUGUCCCAGCUGGGGCUGGCUUAGCUGAUCCUGAGUAUAUCCCUGCAGUGAAUAAAACUUUCUGUCUCUACGAUGUGACAGACAAAUUAGUGGUUUUCCUGCUUUUUGGGCACAAAACUUCAUGGGAGCUCUUGUGCCGAGAGGGGUGCAAGGACCAUGUCACACACCCCCCCCCCCCCCCCCCCCCAAAACACAUUGUCCCCACCGCCAGCAAAGGGCUCGUGCUUGUGUCCAGGACCCAGAUGCGGGCCACAGCACUGAGCAAGGUGGACAGCUUCUUUACCCCCCUGUAACCACAGGCUCUAUAAAAAUUUAAUAAAUUCUUGAUGACC